UGCGCCUGGCCUUCCACUCAUCCCAGGCUAGCUCCUGGGAGGCGCGAAAAAGAAUGGCUGCUGCUAACCCAUGGGAGCCAGCUUCAGAGCCCAAUGCCGCUGGGCUACUGCUGAACCACCUUGUGGCCUCAGGGAUGGUCACUCAGGAAAUGUUAAACAUAUCAAAGAAAUCGGCUCCUUGCUUUGUGAACUUCUCCAAACUACAGCAGACUACAAAUAUUCAAGCUGAAAUCUACCAGAAAAGCCUGGAAAUUGAACUUCUGGAACUAGAGAAAGAAACAGCAGAUGUUGUUCAUCCUUUGUAUUUGGCUCAGAAGUGUCACACCCUGCAAAGCAUCAAUACUCAUCUGGAAGCAGUGCUAAAAAAGAAGAGGUCCCUCAGGCAAAAGCUGUUGAAGCCCAUGUGCCAAGAAAACUUACCUGUGGAAGCUGUUUACCACAGGUACAUGGUACAUUUGUUGCAGUUGGCUGUGACUUUCAUUGAGAAAUUGGAAACCCAUCUUGAAACAGUUAGAAAUAUCCCUCAUUUAGAUGAAAAUCUAAAGAAAAUGAGCAAGGCUUUAGCCAAAAUGGAUAUUUUGGUGAAUGAGACCGAGGAACUAGCAGAGAAUAUACUUAAGUGGCGGGAACAACAAAAGGAAGUUUCUUUUUGGAUCCCCAAAAUGUUAGAUGAAGAAAAUUAUGCUCAUAAAUAUGACAUUGUUAAACCUUCUUUACCUUUCACUUCUAAAGUUCACAUUUAAACUACUAAUGCCAAGGGCCCAUCGUCUUUAUUUUUACUUUAAUAUAUAUGUAUAUAUGAAGUGCAUUUCUGGGGGAUUGUCACAUGGGUAUAUAUGCUUAGCUGCUACCAGUACUAAAAGAGCCCUGUUUUUUGUUUGUUUUGUUUGGCUUGGUUUGGUUAGGUUUUGUCUUUUUGAGACAGAGUCUUGCCAUGAAGUUCAGGCUGGCAUCGAACUCAGUUUGUAGCCCAGGCUGGUCUCAAACCUGCAGUGAUCCUCCUGCCUUACUUUCCCAAGUGCUGGGAUUAUAGGCAAGUGCCACCAUGCCCUGUUAAGAGCCCUGUUUUUAUUGAAGUACCAAGAUUCCAGGGUUCAUUAGGACCAAACUUAUUUUUCCUGUUUUUCAUAUAUUCUUAAUCUGUUUUUCAGAAAACUAAUAUAAACAAUUAUGGCUGUAUUGAUUAACAUAAAUGAGUUAACCAUUCCUCAGGUAGGAAAUUCUUUAUUAUGUCUUUUUUUCAAAAUCAUCUUUCUAAAUUUUCUUCUUAAAUCUGAAAAUAUCUAUGGCAAUUAUUCCUCUGGAAUUCUCACAGUGUGCAGGAAAAAUAACAUAGCAGACAUGUUAUCCAUAGAAAGUCCCACUGACAAGACUGGUCCUUGGCUGACCCCCCUGGGAGCUUAACUGUCAGGAGGGCCCCCUCCACUCUCACUGCCAAGAGUGGCUCAGUGUGACCCACCUAAUUGUAUAAUGUGGCUUGUCCUGAACACUUGCUUUCCUCAUGGGAGUUGAGAAUUUUGAUACAUUCCAGAAGGAACCUUUGUGACUAGUCUGUUAAAACCCUGGGCCUUCUAUCUCUUAACAGGUUUCCCUGGUAGGUGACUUUUCUUGUAUAUGAUCACAGUUCAAUUGCUGGAGCUGUGAGGCAUGUCUUCUCUGAUUCCACUGGCAAAGGACUUGUGCCUGGUUUUCCCCCACUUUGCACCAUGAACCUUUUCCCUUUGCUGUUUUGAUUUGUGCAUGUGCGUGCGUGUGUGUGUGUGUGUGUGUGUGUGUGUGUGUCUGUCUGUCUGUCUGUACGUACGCAUGUGUGUGUCUUGGUGCUAGAUCGAACCCAGGCCCUUGUGCAUAUGGAGCACUUGCUCUGUCAUUGUGCCUAGCCCUUGCCUUGUGUGUUCUGCAUAUAUAGACCAUGGUUAUGAGUAUGGUGAUAUGCUGAGGCCUGUGAAUGUUUGUAGCAAAGCCUGUUCUUGUACUUCCUAAUACACUAUUCAAUUCCUGAGGAUGUUCACUGGCAGCCUUAUGAACAAGCCAAGAAAAAUAGGAGAACAAAUCAAAGAAGCAACACACUAUAGUAAAUUUUUAAAUGUUUAUCUUGCAAACUGCUCAGACAUUUCACCUGAGAUUAUUGUUACGUGGUUUGUUUUUUUUUUUUUUUUUUUUGGUCUUUUUUCCUUUUUAUCGGUCCUGGGGAUCGAACUCACAACUGCCUGCUUGCAAGGCAGGCGCUUAUGCCGCUGAGCUAAAUCCCCAGCCCCCGAGAUUAUUGUUAUUGUAAUGCAGGGCAUGGUGGUUCACAUCCAUAAUCCUAACACUUGGGAGGUUGAGGCAGGAGGAUCGUGGCAAAGUGGACGCAAGCCUGGGUUACAUAGUAAGUUUAAGGAUAGUCUAAACAACAUAGUAAGAUCCUGUCUCAAGAAAACCCCCAAAAAAGUGCAUAAAAUACUGGUCAUAUUGUAACAGAAAAUGUGUGCCACUGCCCCCGCCCACCUGCUGCCUGUAUGCUUCAGUUUCUUAGUUGCCCAGGUAAUAGUUACUGUUGCCUCUAUGUCUUAGAAAUGGUGAGUCACAGUGAUGCAAAGCUGGUCACUAUGAUGCACAUUGUAUAAACUGGUUGCCAACUGACAAGCCAUUCUGCCACUGUACUUCCUGUUUACUUAUCCCAUAUAAGCCCCAGACCACCAGACAUCAGGACCUGAUAUUCUGGGAAUGCUUGAUCAGUGCCCCUUGAUGUAAAUAGAUCUACCUCCAAAUCCUGGGUGUUGUUUUGGUGUUUUGUAAUAAAGAUGUAUUCAUUUGUAUCACA